AUGCUUCGAGCCUCUCUCUUUCUACUAAUGCUAGGAUGUAUCUCUAGCCAUGGACUGUUGUAUCCUCACGAAACUGAAACGCGUCAAGUAAAGUCAUUAGAUGGCUUGUGGCAUUUUCGACUCGAUGAACAUGCCGUUGGAGAGAGUGAACGAUGGUUUGCUUUGCCAGAACUGCCUGAACCAACAAUUUUUAUGCCUGUUCCAGCUUCUUUCAAUGAUAUUACACAAAAUAUUACUAUUCAUCGACAUAUUGGAUGGGUGUGGUAUGCAAGAGAUGUUUUUGUUCCAAAGACAGCUGGACUUCGUUGGGUACUUCGAUUUCAAGCCGCUCAUUACGAGAGUCGUGUUUGGGUAAAUGGGCAGUCAGCAGUGAAUCAUUCGGGUGGACAUUUACCGUUCGAAGGUGACAUAACACCGUUUAUCAAAAAUAGCAAUGACGUUUCAUCAAAAGUACGCAUAGUUGUAGCAGUUAACAAUACUCUUACACCUACAACCUUACCACCAGGUGAAUUACACAUCUAUAGUUCUACCUACCGCGAAUUAGAAACUCCAUUUGAUUUUUUCAAUUAUGCUGGUAUUGACCGGUCCGUUCUGCUCUAUUCUACAUCCACUACUUACAUUCAGGAUAUUACUAUCGAUACUCAGAGUAUUGAUUAUGAUGCACAACACACAGCUACAUCUGCUACUCUAACGUAUUCUAUUACCAUUGCUGGCAGCAACUCACACAAUGCAGUUCGUGUACUCAUCGAAUUGUUAGACACCGAAGGUGUGGUAGUGGCCAACAAUACUGAUUCUCGUUCGGUUCUUAUAGUUAACAAACCAAACUUAUGGCAACCUUGUGGUAUGAACCACACUCACCCAUGUACCGAACACAGUUAUCUCUACACUCUACAAGUAACACUCUAUAACGAUGCAUCAUCAAGAGAAAUACUUGAUAUCUAUCGAAUUAACCAUAUCGGCAUUCGAACAAUUCGAUUGACUGACUCAAAAUUUUUAGUUAAUGAACGACUAUUCUACUUUCAUGGUGCUAACGCACAUGAGGACAGUGAUAUUCGUGGCAAAGGUUUCGACAAUGUUAUUCUUGCGAAACACUUCAAUUUAUAUGGUUGGCUACAUGGAAAUGCGUUUCGAACAUCUCAUUAUCCAUAUGCCGAUGAAUUUUAUCACAUGGCUGAUCGCUUUGGUAUCGCUAUCAUCGGUGAAACUCCAGCUGUCGGUUUAACAAAAGCACACUAUUUCUCGCCAGAAACACUUGCACAUCAUAAACAAGUCAUUACUGAAAUGAUCAGUCGCGAUCGAAAUCAUCCUUCAGUAUUAAUGUGGUCACUUGCAAAUGAACCCGGUUCGGGAUUACCUGAAGCAAAAGAUUAUUUCAGUGCCAUAGCUAAUUUUACUAGACCGCUAGCGGCUGGGCGUCCCAUCACCUAUGUGAUCUCUGCUAGCCAUAAUAGUGAUCUAGGGAUUCAAUUCUUCGAUAUGGUUUGUAUAAAUCGUUACUUUGGUUGGUAUUCUCAAUUUGGUCGCAUAGAUCAAAUUCCCGAUUUAGUCACUCAAGAACUUGCUGCUUGGCGACAAAGAUUUCCAACGAAACCAAUCCUAAUGAGUGAAUAUGGCGCCGACACAGUACCUGGUCUCCACAGCGAUCCAUCGAUGAUGUUUACAGAAGAAUAUCAAAAAGAUUACUAUUUGGCUUAUCAUUCUUCAUUUGACAAUGUCUCAUCUCUUAUUCACCCAACGACUGGCUUUUUUGUAGGUGAAUUACCUUGGAAUAUGUUCGACUUUGCUACUGAUCAAAGUACUAUUCGAGUUGGUGGUCUCAACCGAAAAGGUCUUUUUACACGUCAACGACAGCCAAAAGCAGCUGCUUUCGUCAUCAAAUAUCGCUAUGAACAAUUGGAAGCAGUGCCAACAUCGUACGAAAGAGUUCCUUAA